AGAAAAAUCAGAAUGUGGGGUACGUCUGUCUGUCUGCAGAGAGAGAGGAGGGAUACCGCUAACUGCAUAACAGCGAAUGAACAAAAAACAUUCCCGCUUUGGAUGUUCAUCCGGUGAUACUGAGAAGGGAGAGAGAACACCCAUAAGACUGACUUGGACUGAUGAGAUGAGGAAUGAGCAUGCGUCCUGUCAGGAAUCCCCUGUGCUGUCUUUUGCUGGUCACGUUGCCUCUGGGAAUUUUCUUCCUCUGCCUUUGGUCGCUGAAGCCUGACCGUGUUGUCGACGUCAGGUACCGAUUUCCUGGGAUUUCUGAGGGACAUCUGCGGCAAGCGGUUUGGGAACCGUCGGAGAAAUAUGCCCACAUCUCCUACAAAGUGAAAGAGAUCGUGGCUGGGCUUCUUCCAAAGAAUGGCUGCCGAUGUGAGAAAGAGGAGCCUGUGAUAAAUCUCCCAUUUGCCAAGCACCUUUUCCACCAGGUUUCCGUCCAACAGUUUGAGCAGGUCUUCAGAGAAACUGAACGGGAGGAAUUGAAGAAAAGGAGGGAACAGGAGUAUCAGCAAUUUCUGCAAAGGUCCCAUUCCUCUGCCGACGUCAUGAUCAUCGCCAAAGCCAACACCCCUCUGGAAUACCCCACGCAAGGGCUACAUGUCCAGCCCCUCAAAACCAUCGUCAUCCCAGGUUUAAGUUUACAAGCUCCGUCCAGGAAACUGUAUCGGGUCAACCUGACGGCGACGCUGGGCACCUUUGACGUGGCGGCGGAGGUGGACGAGGUGACGAUCCGAGGCGACGGGCAGGUGCACAUGUCCCUGUCGAGCUCUCGCCUCGACAACCUCAACCGGCAACUGCAGUUCGUCACCUACAGCAACACCAUCUUCAACCCCAACACGGCCGACACAGUGCAGCUCGAAACAGACGGACACCAGGCAUUUUUUGUCAUCAAAAUCCGACAUGCCACCAUCCCAAAACUAUACAGCUCUGAAGACCAGCCAGGUUCAAAGGGAAGCUAUAACAUCAGUGGCUUGGUGACUAUAGCAACCAAAACAUUUCUGAGGUAUGACAAGCUGAGGGAGCUGAUCUCGAGCAUUAGGAAGUAUUACCCCAAUGUCACCAUCGUUAUCGCGGAUGACAGCGACAAACCACAAAAGAUUGAAGGAGACUUUAUUGAGCAGUACUUCAUGCCAUUUGGGAAGGGCUGGUUUGCUGGACGCAACUUGGCGAUUUCCCAAGUCACGACGAAAUAUCUACUCUGGGUCGACGAUGACUUCAUUUUCACCGCAAACACCAAGCUGGAAAAGCUGGUGAACAUCCUGGAGAAGACAACACUGGAUUUGGUUGGAGGAGCAGUGCGAGAGAAAACGGGGUUUUCCACCACUUUCCGUCACCAGAUCAGCGUGGAGCAAGGAGGAGAGGAGGGCGACUGCCUGCACACCCGCAUGGGCCACUACCACGUCCUGCAGGGCUUUCCAAACUGCGUGGUGACCGACGGCGUUGUCAAUUUCUUCCUGGCCCGUACGGACAAGGUGCAGCGGGUGGGCUUUGACCCUCGGCUGACUCGGGUAGCCCAUUCAGAGUUUUUUAUCGAUGGACUGGGCAUUCUUCAUGUUGGCUCAUGUGACGAUGUCACUGUGGACCACGCCACCAAGAUCAAACUGCCCUGGAGCAGUGUUGAUGAAAACGAGAAAACCUACAAAGAAUUCCGAUAUCCCAAGUCAUCAGAGGCUAAUGUCCAGCUGAAACAAAGGCUGUUUUACUUGAAAAACAGGUUUAAGUGUAUGGUCAGGGACUAA